UUCAUAUUAAACGGUAUACAAAUGAUAAUCAGAUAAUUUGAUUAAUCUAUUAUGCGUUGCAGCUUUUACACUAAAGCGCAUGAGCAGAUUGCUAUUACUUAUAUAUAAGUAAUUCCCAACAUUCGUAUCGAUGAUUAUUAUCUAUAACAACGAUAUAAUAAACAAGAGAAUGUUUAAGGUAGUUUUGUUUGCUUUAUUUGUGAUAGCUGUUGUUGCAGCUAAUGAGACCGCAGAAGAUCAAUGGAAAAAAUUCAAGAAAGAUCACAAUAGAAAUUUCGGCGCCGAAGAAGAUGCUAAGAGAUUCGAAAUCUUCAAAAAAAAUUUAGAAAAAAUCGAAGCUCAUAACAAGCUCUACGACGAAGGUAAAAGUACUUAUCAAAUGGGAAUCAACGAUUUUACCGACAUGACAGAAGAGGAGUUUGCCAUCCGUAAUGGAUUGAGACGUCCUCAGCAAUAGUUUAAAUAUAAGGUCAAAUAAAUGUAAAUGGAAACAUAAAA